AUGGAUAUGUCGGACGCAAAGUACGCCAACAUCAAGUUCGAGGACCACGAUGACCGGAGCAGCACCGAGGUCGAGGAGUCGCUCCUCGGCACCGACGACAAGGCGUGCCGCCGCUGCAUGGCCAAGGACUACCACGACCAGCCGGCGAGGAGGAAGAACAGGUGCCUGGCGAUGCUCAACUCGUCGCGGUGGUUUGUCGAUACGAUACUUCUGGUUGUGAUCUUGGGUCUGCUGGUGAGGGAGCAGAUGCAGAAGCCGCCGGUGAAUACGUGGGACUUUGGUGGAGAUUUGACCGGCGUUAGCGGUCAUUUCUCACAGCAGAUCAAGACGUUCACACCAGAUUACGAGGGCAAGUAUGCGCCCAACGACACGUCAAAGUUCUUCACCGACGAGACGUUGAACAACUGGAAUGAGUUGAUGCCUUAUGGCAUGGGCUUCCAGUGGGUGAAUGACACGCACAAGUACCACGACCUGCCCACUCCCAUCGUCUGGCCCGAGAAGACCGUCUUCACCACCUCCAUCACCCAUCAGCUGCACUGCUUGUUCGCUGUCGUCCAGACCUACUCCGGUAUCAAGUCCGGUCACGAGAUCCCGGACGACCAUCACUGGCACAUGAUUCACUGCUUCUCCUACCUUAGACAAACCAUCAUGUGCAGCGCCGACAUGGCUCUCGAGGGUCUCGAGACGACCUUCCCGGAUCACAACGGUGGCUCUGACGGAUGGGACUCGAAGCAUGUGUGCAAGGAUUACAACCAGGUCAAGAACUACUUGGAGAGCGUCAGGGCGUACGACGACAGAGAGAUCUUUUAA